UCCAUCACCACCACCACCACAUUGGGCGUCACCUACACCUCGCCGCCGCAGCCUUCCCCUUCCUCUACACCAUCCCUCACAGCGGAUCGCGUCCUCUCCGCUCUCUCCUCCCUCAACAUCCACUCUCUCCGCCUCCCAAACCCCGAUCCUAACCUAAUCCGCUCUUUCGCUUUCACCAACACCUCUCUUUUCCUCUCCAUCCCUAACUCCCUCCUCCCUCCUCUCGCCGCCAACCGCUCACUCGCUGCCCGCUGGCUUUACGGUCACGUCCUCCCUUUCUACCCUCGCUCGAAGAUUUCUCUCAUUUCAGUUGGAGACGAUGCCGUCUCGCAAUUGUCUCCCUUUUUACUUCCUGCAAUCAGGAACGUGUACCUGGCACUCCGUGACCUCGGGAUUAAAAAAAUCUCAGUCUCCACGACUUUCUCUUUCGUGAACGUUAUUACGACGCCGUUUCCACCUUCUUCUGGUACUUUCCAAGAACCGCUUGGGGAAUUAUUGAUAAAGCCAUUGCUUCAGUUCUUGGAAGAUACAAAUUCAUCUUUCUUGGUGAAUCUUUAUCCGUAUAACUUGUAUAGGAUCAACUCUGAGAUUCCAUUAGGGUUUGCUUUGUUUCAAGAGCAUCCAUUCAAUUUUAGAGAUGAUUUGAUUACUGGAGUUAGAUACAGGAAUCUUUUCGAUAUGAUGGUGGAUGCGGUUGUAAGUGCACUUGCGGUGGCCGGACAUGAGAACCUUCCGGUGAUAGUGGCGGAGACUGGGUGGCCGAGUACCGGUGGAGAUCAAACUGAGGUUGAUGCGAAGCUAGAGUAUGCCGAGAUGUAUGUUAGGGGUUUGGUUGGGCAUUUAAGGUCUGGGGUGGGCACCCCGUUAAGGAAAGAAGGGGUUUCACAGGCUUACAUAUUCGAGUUGAUGGAUAAGGAUAAUGUGAAACAAGGGACUAGAAAUUGGGGGAUUUUGUAUGCGAAUAUGAGUAAAAAGUAUCAUGUUGAGUUCUCUGGUUGUGGUGGAAUUGGUGUGGGAAGGGUGCUUUCUAUGCGUGUUUGCUUGGUAUGGUGGUUAUUGGUUGGUUUCUUUCUUGUUUAGUGGAUUUGGGUGACUGGGAAUUUCUCCUGGUUUGUUUGGUGGAGUACUGGGAUUUAAGUAAACAGCUUUGUUUAGUACUGCUGUUGGAGAGCUAAAUGGAAAAUAGGGUUAAUUUGUUCCUGGUUUCUGCUUUCUGUUGGAUGGAUAGGGUUAACUGGUACCGCACACGUUUUUUGUUUACUGUUGUUGAGAUAAUAGUAAGUAGGAGUUGAUUCUAAGAAGUUUAGAUUUCUUCAAAUAGCCCAUUUGAUGUUGACAAAUGUUGGGUUUUUCAUGAGAUUUAGUUUGUGUUUUAGGAGGGCAAGUCA